CCUGGCAGAUGUCGGCUGGAAACUCCUGGAAUUCAAAGCCCGAUCAAAAAGAUCAGAUUUGUGAUUUAGCUGAGAGAGACGAUUGGCCUUUAUUUCACCUUUUGAGAAUGGCCGGUUCAGUGGCUGCAGUUGCCCGGCCUCAUCGGAAAAUUCACAGACUCGGUUCCAUCUAUGAACCCCUCAAGCUGUCCAUCCUCCAGCGUGAGGAUGAGCCCCUAUGGGAGAAGCUGGACCGCUACUACAAUGCUGUCAAGGCAACCAUUCUGAACUACCAGAGUCCCACCACUGGCCUUUUCCCCGUCAAAACAUGCUCCACCUGCAAGGAGGCCAAGGUCCGGGACUCCCUGUACUGUGCUGCUGGUGCCUGGGCUCUGGCUAUGGCGUACCGACGCAUCGAUGACGAUAUGGGGAGGACCCAUGAAUUGGAGCAUUCUGCCAUAAAAUGCAUGAGAGGGAUCCUCUACUGCUACAUGAGACAGGCCGAUAAGGUGGAGCAGUUUAAACAGGACCCCAGCCCCUCCAAGUGUCUGCACUCAGUGUUCAACGUAGACACCGGCGACGAGGUGCACUCCUACAGCGACUACCACCACCUGCAGAUCGAUGCUGUCUCUCUGUUUCUGCUGUACCUGGUGGAGAUGAUCUGCUCCGGCCUGCAGAUCAUUUACAACACUGAUGAGGUUUCCUUCAUCCAGAACCUGGUGUUCUGUGUGGAAAGAGCCUACAGGGUCCCUGACUACGGGAUGUGGGAGAGAGGCAGUAAAUACAACAACGGCAGCACUGAGCUGCAUUCAAGCUCGGUUGGCCUUGCUAAAGCUGCUCUGGAGGCCAUCAAUGGAUUCAACCUGUUUGGAAACCAGGGCUGUUCAUGGUCAGUGAUAUUUGUGGAUCUGGACGCCCACAACAGGAACAGGCAAACCCUGUGCUCCCUGCUGCCCCGGGAGUCUCGCUCACAUAACACAGAUGCAGCCUUGCUUCCAACCAUCAGCUACCCUGCCUUUGCAGUAGACGAUGAUGCCCUCUACAGUCAGACACUGGACAAGAUUGUCCGCAAGCUGCGGGGUAAAUAUGGCUUCAAACGUUUCCUCCGCGAUGGUUACCGCACUGCUAACGAAGACAAGAAUCGCCGCUACUACAAACCUGCUGAAAUGAAGCUUUUUGAUGGAAUCGAGUGCGAGUUUCCCAUAUUUUUCAUCCACAUGAUGAUUGACGGGGUGUUUCGAGGAAAUAAAGCUCAGGUCAAAGAAUACCAGGACCUCCUUGAACCCCUCAUCUUCCAGUCUUUUGAGGGCCAUGCUGUGAUCCCAAAAUACUACUAUGUACCAGCCGACUUUGUGGAGGCAGAGCAGAACAAGCAUGGAAGCCAGAAGCGUUUCCCUAGCAACUCUGGCCGUGAUGGGAAGAUCUUUCUGUGUGGCCAGGCCCUGUACAACAUUGCCAAGCUGCUGGUGGAUGAGCUGAUCAGCCCUAAAGAUAUUGAUCCAAUCCACCGCUACGUACCGCGCCAGGACCAGCGCAACGUCAGCAUGCGGUACUCCAAUCAGGGUCCCAUAGAGAAUGAUGUUGUGAUUCACGUGGCCCUGAUAGCAGAGAGCCAGAGACUGCAGGUGUUUUUGAACACAUACGGCAUUCAGACCCAGACACCCCAGCAGGUGGAGCCCAUCCAGAUCUGGCCUCAGAAGGAGCUGGUUAAGGCGUACCGUUUCCUAGCCAUCAAUAAGAAACUGGGCUUGAGUGGGCGUCCAGAAAGGCCAGUGGGCUGCAUCGGGACCUGCAAGAUUUAUCGUAUCCUGGGAAAGACGGUGGUGUGCUACCCAAUAGUGUUUGAUCUAAGUGACUUUUACCUGUCCCAAGAUGUGAUGCUGCUGAUUGAUGACAUUAAGAACGCCCUGCAGUUCAUCAAGCAGUGCUGGAAGAUGCAGGGACGUCCCCUCUUCCUGGUUCUCAUCCGCGAGGAUAACAUCAAAGGGAGCCGCUUCAACCCGGUCUUGGACAUGCUGGCCUCGUUCAAGAAAGGCAACAUCGGAGGGGUCAAAGUUCACGUCGACAGGCUUCAGACCCUGAUAUCUGGAGCAGUGGUGGAGCAGCUGGACUUCCUGCGUGUCAAUGAGGCAGAGAUCCCAGAGUUUAAGAGCUUCGAGGAGCUGGAGCUGCCUAAGCACUCCAAGGUGAAGAGACAGACGAGCACACCCAACGCCUCAGACCUGGAGCAGCAGCCAGAGAUCGAUGUGGAGGAGUGGCUGCACAAGCCCACCAUGGAGAUCAUCCAGAAGUUUCACGACUGUGACUGCUUGGCCAGUCAGGCUCAGCUUGCAGGCGUCAUUCUUAGGAGAGAAGGACCAGACUUCCUUGCCAGAGAUGAAAACAUGAUGGAUGAACUGGAGAGAAUCUACAGAAGAGCUGGCAGCAGAAAGCUUUGGCUGGCAGUGCGCCAUGCUGCUGUCAUUAUCAAGAAGUUCGCCAGCUCUAUAGCUCCGCACAUCACCACAAUACUGGUGCAUGGGAAACAGGUGACCCUCGGUCUAUUCGGGCAAGAGGAGGAGGUGAUCUCCAAUCCGCUGUCGCCGGGAGUGAUCCAAGGCAUCAUCUACAGCAAGUGCUCUGGUCACGGUGGAGAGCGGGAGGCCGUCCUUCAGCAGGAGCUGGUCAUUCAUAUCGGAUGGAUUAUCUCCAACAACCCAGAGCUGUUCAGCGGCAUGCUAAAGAUCAGAGUCGGAUGGAUUGUCCAGGCCAUGAAACACGAGCUGAAGAUCCGGGCGGGAGACAUGCCACCCCAGGACAUCCACCAGCUCUCCCCCAGCGACAUCAAGCAGCUCCUGCUGGACGUCCUGCAGCCACAACACACUGCCAGGUCUUGGCUGAACAGGCGUCAGAUCGAUGGCUCUCUGAACAGGACCCCUCUGGGCUUUUAUGAUCGUGUGUGGCAGAUCCUGGAGAGGACCCCCAAUGGUAUUUUGGUGGCUGGGACUCACCUCCCACAGCAGCCUACACUGUCUGACAUGACCAUGUAUGAGAUGAACUUCUCUCUGCUGGUGGAGGACACGCUGAAGAACAUUGUCCUGCCUGAGUACAGACAAAUCAUAGUCGAGCUGCUGAUGGUGGUGUCCAUUGUGCUGGAGAGAAACCCGGAGCUGGAGUUCAGCGACAAGGUGGAUCUGGACAGUCUGGUGAAGGAAGCCUUUAGCGAUUUCCAGAGGGAUCGCAGCUGCUUCGAAGGCAUAGAGAAACAGGAUGACAUGGAGGCAUUCUACAACACACCACCAAUGGGGAAGAGGGGCACCUCCAGCUACCUGACCAAGGCUGUUAUGGUUCAGUUGCUGCAAGGGGAUGUCAAGCCCUGCAAGGAUGACCCGUGCUCCGUUAGCUAGAUUUGCUCCGCUUUUCCUCGUAAAUCCCAGCCUGCUGCAGUGUAGUUGUCCAGCGAGGACCACAGGGCAUCCAUCACAUGUAUUCAGAAGAUCACCCCUAACCUCUCCAAUCCUCCCUUUGGCAGGACUCUUCCCACUGCAGGCUACAGUUUUCCUGCACUUUUUCCUCAACAACAGUAGAAUCUGUUAGCAGAAGUUUCCGUUGCAUAGAGUAGUUUGCUCUGAGGGUUAAAGGGCACUUUUUUUUUUUUUUUUUGCCAGAGUUCAGUACUCCAUCUGUGCUGUGUAUUCAAAUUAAGAUUUUAAUAGAAUUACCUUGAAUGGCUCUAAUUAUCUCAUAGCAUUGGUGGCUUGCGAUAUCGAAUGCCACAACACAAGCUGACAUUGCCACGUAACUGGCUACCUGUUCUGUCAUCCUUUACCUGGAUACGGUAGAUUAGCAUGUCUGCACUUUGUUCCGAGGGUUAUUGCGUACAUUCACCAGUUGAGCUUAACUCUGUAGCACCUAGAAUCUUGCUUUGCCUCUACACAUCUUACACAUCUUUCCGUUGCCCAAGUUCAGUUCAGGUUUGCUUCAUAAUUAGCGUACAGGCAUGAGAGAAUAACAAUCUUUUUGUCUGCUUCUCUGUCAGAGAGUGAAUCAGGCUAACUGUUCAUCAAACUGUUCAGGCUAUACCUCACCAGCAGUGACCUACAGCUGUUACCCAGCAAUUGCUCAGCUCACGGCUGCGUAGUAGCGUGAGAGAUGUGGUUCUCAUAUUCGUGCGUUUGGCUCCCAGGGGCCUUAAAAAUGUGUCGCAUAUCAUCAGAUAUUAAAAGCAAUUAAAUCUGCCAUUAUGUUCUAGAUGAUCCAUCAGUAUGAAUCUGCAUGAAAUUUUAUCUUGAUGUUGUUAUCUUCUUCUAAACUAUCUGUGGCUCUCUGGCUUAAGAGACUAAAAUAUUUGGAUGUGAGAGUCUGUUAUUCAGCUGUGAGAGUGAGGUGUUUGUUGUUCUCUGCUGAGUUUCUCCUUCUUUCUCUUUGUCCUCUUAUCUCGAUGCAUGCGCAGCCUGCUGCAUGAGAAUAAGUACUGUUUCAUCAUAACCAUCGUGAUGGUUUCUCUGAAAGUUAUAGGUUACAAAAUAGUUUGCGAGUGGCCUGUUUUGCCCAGUAGGGCCCUGCAUGACAACGACUACUGCUCAUCUGGAGUCCUGGGACUGAGGGCCGUGUAGAAAAUGCUGUUUCGUUGAAUGUGGGCAACAGAAAAGCCUGCUGUCAUCCUGAGGUAGAAAUGAUAAAAGAGCGUGCCUCUCUAACUAUCAUCACUGUGAUGAAUCUGCCCAACCUUGUCACUGUGUGUGUGUGUGUUGUUUACUGAUGUUGUUUGGAAAAGUAUUUUUAACUAAAAACUGUACAGUUUCAAAGAAUAAAGUAAUCAUGGAGACGAUAUACAUUUCCCCUCAGAGUCACUUUCUAAUCGCCUUUACUAGCUGUAUUUGUGAAUGUGUA